AUGAUCAUUGUGCACCAUUUGAACAAUUCUCGCUCACAGCGUAUUCUUUGGCUCUUGGAGGAGUUGGAGAUUCCUUAUGAGAUUAAGCACUACAAGCGCCGUGCAGACCAGCUGGCGCCGAAGGAGCUCAAGGAAGUUCACCCAUUGGGCAAGAGCCCUGUGAUUACCGACACGAGCCGUGGUAACAAGGUGAUUGCCGAGAGUGGCGCCAUCAUUAACUACAUCAUCAAGUACUACGGCCAGGGUCGCGGCCUGCCCAGCAAGGAGCACGAAGAUGACAAUGAUUUCUGGGUGCAGUUUAGUGAGGCCUCGCUUAUGCCGACACUUGUCCAGAAGUUUGUUAUGAUGAUUGUGCCGACGCAAGCGCCCUUCUUUGUGCGUCCUAUCGUGAGCAUCAUUACGGGUCAGGUGCAAGCGCGCAUGACCGAUCCUGACCUGAAGGCCAAGACCAAGUUCACGGCUGACUACCUCGAAAAGCAAUCGACUGAUGGCCGUGCGUGGUUCGCAGGCGGCGACAAGGAUGGCAACCCGACGGCGGCUGACUACCAGAUGCUCUUCCCUGUUGAGGCACUCACGACCGGCCGCCUGGAUCCAGCCAACAUCCCAGACUCGCUGAAGAACUGGGUGGACAUGGUCCACAAACGCCCUGCGUACAUCCGCGCCUACGAGAAGGGCGGUCCGUACGACUAUGCCAAGCUGUAA